GUGACCAGGCAGUCUCCCAAUUCCUAUGUGGUCAUCAUGAACAGCUCCUGUGUGGAAGUUGAUGUGCACCGAUUGAGUGAUGGAGGACUGCUCUUAUCUUACGAUGGCAGCAGCUAUACUACCUACAUGAAAGAAGAAGUGGACAGGUAUCGCAUCACCAUAGGCAACAAGACCUGUGUAUUUGAAAAGGAGAACGAUCCCUCCAUCCUGCGCUCGCCUUCGGCUGGGAAGCUCAUCCAGUACGUUGUGGAGGAUGGGGGACAUGUGUUUUCAGGCCAGUGCUUUGCAGAAAUAGAG